AAGAGAAGGUUAAAGAACGAGAAAAAGAUGCUAAAGCCUUACAAGAAAAAAUUAGAAACUUUGAAGAAUUAGUUAGGAAUCUAGAAGUAGAAGGCAAAACCAUAAAUGAUUUAGAAAUGAAGAUUAGGGAGCGAGAAAAGGAAAAAAGAUUAGAGAGCAAGGGGAAAAGACUACAGGAAUUAUUGAUGAAAAAGAAAUGA